UUUUGAAACUGAUCGGUUGUUUCCGUUUUCACCGAAAAAAGGCGCCCAUAACGUUGCUAAGAAGUGUGGAAAAUUAAUAGAAAUGGUGUGAUUUUUAUGGAAAUCUGAAGAAAUGCGUUCUCCGCGUGAAUUAAGAGAACCCUGUUUAUUUGUGGUGGUCUAAGAUACAAUAACAUCUUUCAACAUGGUUAAAGAACAGAAAUGCAUUCUUUGUGAAACGGUCUACAGCUCCAAACAGGAGAUGGAAGAGCACAUGAGGAGUAUGCUGCACCACAGGGAGCUGGAGAAUCUGAAAGGCCGGGACUGUGGACACGAGUGCCGGGUCUGCGGCGUAACUGAGGUGAGCCUGACCGACUAUGCCAGUCACAUCUCCAGCCCUUCACAUAAACAGUGCAUUGAGGAUCAGAAGCACCAGCCCUCAAACGAAGACCAAGAUGAAGACUACUUUGACAAGGACAUUGUGCAGCUCAUCGAGAAACGCAAGGAUAUGAUCAGGAAAGAAGAGGCUUCUGCAAUGCAUGCUAAAGAAGAGCGGGACAACUCAAGGAGGUGGCAGGAGCUUCGGACUCAGUGGCAGGGGGCAAGGCCUUUGAUGUACCAGCAGUGUGGCCCUUGGGACCGACCCUAUCCUAACUUUCCUCAGAUGCCCAAAAGGGGCAGGGGCUCUAAUUGGCAGAAUUUAAGAUUUCCAUCCCCUGACCGCAACAAAUGGUUUAACCCUAACCGACAGGGUAGGUGUGCCACAUGGCAUGCUGAAGGACCACCUGACUUGCAGAAGUGGGGCUCUGUUGGUCGUCAGGGAGGGAGUUUGCACAACCAAGGAAACUUCUGGAGUGGUAGACAAGGUGGCUAUGGAGUCUGCCCUCCACAUCUGAGAAAGCAAUUUCCCUGGAACAACAAUCAGUUUAAUGCCCCUUGGCAGGGACAAUAUAUGCCACCACCUAGGCACUAUAAAUCAUCUGCAAGAGAGCAUCAAAAAACACCCAACUGCUCUGAGAAUCAGACAAAGGGUGAACAGAGUGUAGAAGAGUCUGGUGGUGAUCACGAUCCCAACAAAGGUAAGGGUCAGAAGUCAGAGAAGGCACAUCGAUGGGCACCUUAUCCACCAGCUAAACUUGGGGAUGCUUCAUUUCAGGCUAACCUUCAGCAAACUUUAGAUAAGUCUAAUGUGGAAUCUCCUGAAAACGUUAUGGCACAAAGUUUCAACGAGGGCACUCAGGACAUAGUGCGGAAAUCCAAGGCAGACCGAAUAAAUUGGCAGGAUAAUCCCACAGAACCUAACUGUGAAGAGAGUGUGUGCAGGGAGCAGAAGAGUGCCUUCAAGAACAUUGGCAGUACUAAUAUAGAUGGUUUCGCCUACCCCUCCACCUCCACCACUAGAAGAACAGAGAUGCCCAGCAAGCUUGCAGGAAGUCAAGACUCUGUCAGCGCUAAAGGUUCUAAGCAUUCCCAUUCAAGUUCUGAAUUCCCACAACAUGCCACUUUCAAUGCAGACCAAGACAGUCUGCUUUCAGAGAUGCUGCGAAAAGCUAAAGAGACAUUGCUUAACAGAAAUAACUCUUUUGAUGUAUGUUGCCCAGAGAACAGCUUCAAAGGAUCAAAAACUGUGCCUCAGGUUAAUAAGCAAGUUGAGAAUUUAGAACUAAACAAGAAUCAAGAAUUACAUGAGAGUACGAAAAAACUGAGCAAGAACAAGAGUCAAGAAAGGCUGGGUUUUGUACGAUGUAUUAGCAAUGAACAAGAGCAUUUAACCAGCACAGACAAAUCAGUACAGAUUGCCAAUGUGCGCAAUGACACUAGGCCAUCUCUGCAGUCCUUGCAUGUUAGUACCUCCACUAUGGACCAUGACGAUGAGGAGGAGUGUGUUGAAAUGGAAGAAAAUCCUCACCUACAAGUACAAGAUCAAGUCAUGGACAUACUAGAUGAAGAUUUAUACUCAGUUGGUGAGGAGUCCCACAGCAGCCCAUCCCAACAAACAGCAGGUGGCUCCGUGCCCUCUUUAAGUAAGCUUGCCUUGCCUGCUUGUCUCCAAAGGGAUUUGAACCGCCAUAUGGGAACCAAAGGCAAAGCAGCAUCCCAUGAACCCAACUUGAAUAUUGCCAGACGAAUUAGGAAUGUAAGUGGCACGCGAAAGAAUGAGCCUGAGAAGGAUUUAGGACUUAAACCCACCUUGCGGCAGCUCAUUAGCACCUCUGGCUCCAGGCGGAAUGUCAACUGGGACCAGGUCUACCAGGAAGUCAACCGGAAGAAGCAAGGCAAGGGCUUACCAAGAUUUGGUAUAGAAAUGGUGCCCUGUGAACCCGAGGGUCUGAACCAAAUGGAUGAAAAUGAUGUACCUCUUUCUGAGGGCUUUCAUUGGGAUUCUCUGUUUGACCUCAGUCCAGUGCCUUCCCGCAAGCGUAGCUUGUCUGAAAGCAAUGUGGUCAAAGAUGGCCCUGCUGGUACCAGCUCCCUUCCUAAUGGUGUAGACCCAAUGAAAGACUCUCCUCCUUGUGGCCCCUCACAGCAACCAAUGAGAGAAGAGCUGCAGUUCAAAGGUCAUCUGGAGAUUCAAGGUUCGAAAGGGCCUUCUAACGGCCCAGAGGAUGCUGAAGGAGACAGUGGUUGUACAUCAGAGAUUGAACAGAUUGACAUGCAAGGAGCUGGGAAGAAACGCAGAGCUCCUGGGGAUGUUUUGUCUCCAGAGAUUCCUAACGAAGAUAGGAAAAACAAGAGGCAAAAAAUUAAGUCUAAGAAAGAGCGCUCUCAAGUGGAUCAGUUGCUGGCUGUAUCUCUACGUGAGGAGGAGCUUAAUAGCUCGCUUCAGGCAGUGGAUAACAGUCUUAUUCAGGCACGUGCUGCCCUGCAAGCUGCCUAUUUGGAAGUACAGCGUCUGCUUAUGGUGAAACAACAGGUAAUCGGUGAGAUGAACUCUUUGAGAACCCAGCGGAUUGAAAUUCUUCAAGGAAUGCAAGGUGAAUUUGAGCCAAAAGAAAAAGAGAGGAACAGUGAGAUCCCCAGCGCUGUUCUCCCAGCAACAGCUGCCCAAUCAUCCUCUUCAACCUCCUCACUGCCUGUUACCAUCAAACAAGAGCCCAUCGCUCAAUGUAACCCCAUUCCUGAGCAUAACCUUAUCAAAUCCCCCUUCCCAGGACCUCAAAAUACAACACCUGUCCAAACAGUGUUUGCAGCUUGUCAAACAGGACCUCAAAAUACCACACCUGUCCAAACAGUGUUUGCAGCUUGUCAAACAGAUACUGCCUUCAAGUACAACCUGGAGUCUUCACAUGACGCCACAAGCAUGGAUUUAACGGCAGCUCCCUCAGAUCACAGAAUAGAGCCAUCACCCAACAAAAAAAUUCAUCAAAAUUCUCUAGAGGGGUUAGCCAACCCUCCUUCCCAACUCUCUCCCAAGCCGCUGUCUCCCUCAAACCACAUAGAAACUGAUCCAGUUAAGCGUGUUCGAAAACUGAAGAAGAAAAAGUGUCUUAAGAAAGCAAAGGGGAAUGAGCAGCCUGAAAUCAGUGAAUCAGAGCUUGAUGCAGAGCAGCCCGCUGCUCGACCUGCCCGCAAGUCCCGACCUAAUCGGCGAUCCAGCAGAACCUAUGCCUCACCCCCCACACCAGAAGAGAAAAAUGAAAAUGAGGAGAUGGUGGUGACCGAAGCUUCAAAGGCACAACCACAGGGAACCAAGCUAGCAACACCACCAAUGAAGGAAGCUCACUCUGAUUCAUCUGAACUGGAAAUGGUGGAGCUUCCCCCACCUGUGCCCACUGAUUUUGUCAAUCUAGAUUCUUCAGACCCAGAUGAGAUGCCUGAAAAGAAGGCCAAGGAGUCGGCCAAGGAGUCGGCCAAGGAGUCGGCCAAGGAGUCGGCCAAGGAGUCGGCCAAGGAGUCGGCCAAGGAGUCGGCCAAGGAGUCGGCCAAGGAGUCGGCCACUGCACACUCAACAGACCGUGCCGUCACAGACCCCCAAAAUCUUGCCUGCAACGAGGUCACCUCCACUAGUGAAAUUGAUACUAGCAGUUCAGUCAAGGCUUGUGAAAGUGUAAUAAAAUCAGCCUCAACAGUGUUGACCUCCAAGUUGCAUUCAGCAGAUAUAUCAGAUCCAGGGGAGGAGGAUGUGCCAACUGAAGGAGAGUUUGAAGGCCAUCAAGAGGCCGUUAAUGGAAUGCAGAUCCAUAACGGACUGCUGUAUACUUGCUCAGGGGACCGCACUAUACGUGCUUUCAACUUGAUAAGCCGGAAGUGUGUGGCUGUGUAUGAAGGUCACAGCAGUAAAGUGAAUUGCCUGUUGGUGUCAUGUGGAGGAGGCCUGCAACAACGCCUGUACUCGGGAUCAAGUGACCAGACCAUCCGCUGUUACAACCUAAAGACAACAGAAUGUAAGGAACAGCUGUCUCUCCCAGAUCGAGUGCUCUGUCUUCAUAAUCGUUGGAAAAUUCUCUAUGCCGGUCUGGCCAAUGGCUCUGUGAUCACCUUCAGUCUUAGGAACAAUAAGCAGCUGGAUAUGUUUGAGUGCCAUGGCCCGCGGGCCGUAAGCUGCCUGGCGACGGCUCAGGAAGGGGCUCGGCGUAUCCUGCUAGUUGGUUCCUAUGACGCCACCAUCAGCGUUAGAGAUGCUAAGAAUGGGCUAUUGCUGCGUACGCUGGAGGGCCACAGCAAAACUGUGCUCUGCAUGAAGGUGGUGAACGAUUUGGUGUUCAGUGGCUCGAGUGACCAGUCUGUACAUGCACAUAAUAUACAUACAGGAGAACUGGUGAGGAUCUAUAAGGGUCAUAGUCAUGCCGUCACCGUGGUGGCCAUAUUGGGAAAGGUGAUGGUCACCGCAUGCCUGGACAAACUAGUCCGUGUAUACGAGCUCCAGUCUCAUGACAGACUUCAAGUAUAUGGUGGCCAUUCAGACAUGGUGAUGUGUAUGGUCAUCCACAAGAGCAUGAUCUACACAGGCUGCUAUGAUGGGAGCGUGAGAGCUGUUAAAUUGAACCUGAUUCAGAACUACCGCUGCUGGUGGUACGGUUGUACCCUAAUCUUUGGCGUGAUGGAGCACCUGCAGCAGCACCUGCUGAACGACCACACCAGCCCAGCACAGCAAACAUUCAAAUGCCGCUGGAGGAGCUGCGACACAUACUUCACCACACGCAACGGCUCCAAGCAGGCAGUGCAUUGUCACAUGCAGAAACAUGCUGAGGACGACAGUAAAAUGGAGCCAUGAGGGGCCAAUGGAAUAUCACAGACAUAGUCUCCUCUUUUCCCAUAUUGGGAAUGUCUCAUUCAGCCCUCACCAGAGGAGCCCUUUUUUAUAUGACCCAUCAGAUACCAACAACUGCCACUUAGAUGAUGCUGAUGCCACAGUUUAAAUUAAAAUGGAUGAUUUUAAUCGCUCAGAAAUUCGUAUUAUGUAGUAAACAGAAAAGACGUACAAGUGUUACUGUUAAUUCAAACAAAAAGAAGAAAAUGUGCCCUUCUCUAAGUGGAUGUGAUUGGUAUCUCUUAAGUCUUUUUGAUUUGUCUCUUCUCUUUCACUUCUAUCUGAAGUGUGAAAUAUGCUCAGUUCUUUUAUACUGACGUGGCAUUGCUCUGAUACUCUCCCUCCUGGAAGGGAUUGAUUUCUGUGUCAGAUGCUUCUACAUGUCUGUCAUCAUCAGAUCUAAGAUUUACUGACCAAAUGAACACAAAGAAACUGUGGGAAACGGUUGGGUACCGGGACAGCAACAGAGGUGCGGCAGCUCCCUCAGCAAACACGUGUAGCUCACUGUCGUGUGUGUGUGCGGUCUGAGUUUAGAGACGUUAUGAUGUGGAGUGAUUUAAGAAAGCGUGAGACUUGUCAAGCAACUAGAUUUUAGUGGGGGUUUUUUAAUGAAGGACACAUCUUUCUCAAGUUGCAUCGCUCUGUUUGUUUGUGUUGUCACGGCGGUACAUACUUGACAACGGGGACACUUUUACAUCUCAAUCUGGUUUCCAAAUAAAAACUAUUUCAGUU